AUGCUUACACCAGAAGAAACAAACGAAGAUAUUGCCUUGGUUGAUGACCGUGAAAUUCGCACUCAUUCUGGGUCCAAUUUCUUGACCACCCUCCGAUACAACUUGAAGAAGUCUGCUCUUGGCUCUCUCUUUGUUUCCUACCAUGCAUCGUUGCGGAGCGAUCUUCAAGACACCUUUGGCAGUGGCGUAGGGGCGCAUACAGGGAUAGAGGCGCGUACAGCAACCAGGAAAACUGCCCAGCUUGAUGAUGAUUCCGCGCAAGAUCUUGGCAGACACUCCCCAUACUUCGUUUCGGAUAUCGCAGAAUUAUCUACUCCCACUCUUCCUUCUCGUCGCCAGUCUCGCCGUAUAUCUGUUCCUGAUGUCAAGGCCGUCAUUUCAAGUAUCACCGGCAGUCUUGGUCGUUCUCGCUCUCAGUCAAAUGCAAGUUCCGUGAAAUCUGUCUCCUCUUCCGCGCGCGGUACCUCUCGCCCACGUCUGUUCUCGAUUACUGCCUCUGGUUCUACUGUCACUGAUAGCACUCCACCGUUGACACCGAGUUCUGUGUUCUCUGCUGCAUGCCCUCCUUGUGCCGACAAACCUGGCUUCCCGCGUACCUAUGAAUCUACUCCAGGUGCAGAAGAGGACGAAGUGUUGUCUCGUGAAUCACUGCUCACAUCUGUCAAGGAGGGGAAGAAACCUGAACGUUCUAUCUGCUACGAUGAACUAAUCGCGGACAUAAGCAAUGACUAUAUGCAGAGUUCACCGCAACAGCAACAAAGUGACAGCUUUGACGAGGACUCAGAAGAAUGGUUCGGCCUGGAAUACACUCUGGAGAUCAGCAAGAGGGACCAAGGUGCCAUAGCGCGUGCCUCUGUUUCCGCAGGAGAAUACUCGAAGGCACGGAAUCACAUUCGAGCAUGUACCUGCUCUCCCAUGAGCUGA